AAAGGACCAGCUGCCAACAGCGCGGAAGGACCAGCAGCACCGACCCGUGUCGCCAAAUCGACAGAUCUAUCAAAACACUCACCUGGGAAGCCGAGCAAAGCGAGCAGUGACGAUGCAGAACGGCGUUGUGAAGCUCAAGAACCUGGUUGAGAAACUGAUCGCCAGGUAAGCACCACGCCGCAGAGAGAAGCGUCCACAUAAUCAUAUGUGUCUUGCGCCCGUGUGUGUGUGGUUCUGUCUGUGGUCAGGGAGGAUUUGGGCGAGAGCGAGACCGCGUUUGCCAUCGAUGAGCUGCUCACCUUUGACGUGUCCACCGUGUCCACUGAUCCAGACAUGCAGGCACUCGCCUUCCAAAUCCCGGCCUUCCUCACUCUACUCAGGUACGACGACCGACCGACCGACGGAGGGAGGGAGCAUUCUUCAGCACGCUCCACACACGUCUGAUUGUGUUUGUUGUGGGCAGGUCCAAGGGCGAGACUGCCGAGGAGGUGUGGGGCAUUGUCAAGGGGCUGAGGAGCAAGGGCGUGACCAUCAGGUGCCAGAGGAGGGUGCUGGACAUUGUGGGGACGGGCGGGGAUGGAAUGCACACCGUCAACAUAUCCACCGGGGCUUCCAUACUCGCGGCCGCAUGUGGCGUACCCAUGGUAAGUAGGCAGACAUGGAUACCAUACCCCUUGAGUGUGUUCGAGUGGAUCCAUGCGGAUCUGUCUGUGUUGGCGUCUGUGCAGGCCAAGCAUGGGAACCGUUCUGUGUCAUCGAUGUGCGGGUCAGCGGACGUCUUGGAGGAAUUCGGGGUCAACCUGGACCUCUCGGCAGAAGGGGUCAAGAGGUGAGGUGACCAUCAUCAAGGCCAACAACACUUCCGCAGAGGGCUGCCUCAUUUAUGUGUGUUGCCUUUUACAUUACCCGCCCGAAGGUGCAUCGAUGAGCUGGGUAUGGGUUUCUGUUUUGCCCAAAAGUUCCAUCCGGCGAUGCGGAAGGUGCGUGAGAUCCGCAAGGGCCUCGGGGUGCCGACCGUCUUCAACCUGAUCGGUCCGCUGCUCAACCCCGCCCUCUCUGAGCACCACCUCAUUGGCGUCUACGACCCGGCAUUCCUGGACCUCUUCGCCGGUGUUUUGGUCAAGGCUGGAGCCAAACACUCGAUGGUCUUCCAUGGGCAAGGUAGGUGAGCUGACGACUCAAUGUACAUCAAUGAUGUUGCUUACACACGAGUGGCUGGCUGUUUGCGCGUGUGUGUGUCAGCAUUGGACGAGUUGAGUCCGUUGGGGCCUGCCCAAGUGGCUGAGGUGCUCGACGACGGAACCAUCAAACACUGGACACUAGGUACACAGACGAGGGGGAACACAGAUAAUGAAUGGCACAGCUUGCCAUGUGCUGCUGUGUGUGUGUGCUCAGACCCGAAGGACUACGACAUCUCCUACUGCAAACUGGAAGACCUUAAGGUGACCACCGCACAGCCACAGUCAACACACACUCUCCCAACACACAUUGUCAUCUCCUUUUUUGCCCUAUUCCCUGCUCAUCAAUCAGGGCGGCCCGCCGAGUGAGAAUGCGUCGCUGCUGAUGCAGACCUUUGAGGGCAAGAAGGGCCCCAUCGCAGACACACUCGCGCUCAAUGCGGGGGUGGCACUGUGGUGCUACGGGUCGGCGCCAUCCAUCAAGGAGGGGGUGGAGGCUGCACGGGAGGCGCUGCAGGCCAAGAAAGCAAAAGACCUGCUCGCCAAGUGGGUGGCGCUGAGCAAGCAGCUCACGUAGAGAGAUAUGGAUGGAUGUGGGGCGGGGCGGGGCGAGAUGAUCUUAUGAUUUUUGGAAGGGCGAGUCAGUCAGAUUCGCGGGCAGGCAGGUUCUUUGGUUGUGAGGUCGAUGUGUCUGUCCAUGUCCAUGUCCAUCCGCUGGAUUCUUUGCGGAUCGGAUCGGAUCGGUGCC